AUGGCUAGGCAUGCAUCAAUGGGAGCCAGGUUGUCUGGAAGUCUCGUGACUGUCUUGCAGAGUUGUGGAUGCCUUUCCAGACCAUCACUGUUAAAUCUCUGUUUCUGUCCUUGUAGUCGUGAAGAUUUUCAACGGAUCCCAGAGCUGGCUAUUAACCCACUUGGAGACAGGAUAAUCAACGCUUUCUUCCCUGAAGGCGAAGACCAGGUCAAUUUCCGGGGCUUUAUGCGGACUCUCGCUCAUUUCCGACCCAUUGAGGAGAGUGACAAAAACAAAGACCCUCGUGUUCCUGAGCCACUCAAUAGCAGGAACAACAAGCUGCUUUUUGCUUUCAGACUAUAUGAUCUUGACAAGGAUGACAAGAUUUCACGUGAAGAGCUCCUGCAGGUCCUUCGCAUGAUGGUGGGAGUCAACAUUUCCGACGAGCAAUUGGGCAGCAUUGCAGACAGAACCAUUCAAGAGGCAGACCAGGAUGGUGACCUUUCUAUCUCUUUCACUGAGUUUCAGAAGGUGUUGGAGAAGGUUGAUGUCGAGCAGAAGAUGAGCAUCCGAUUCCUUCACUGAAGUCUACACUUUGAAUGAGCAGACGAGAUCUCCACCCAGUGACUCUGUCUGCCUCUGACUAUAUCGACAUAUUAGCUGACUAUGUAGAAAAGUUUAUCAAUUGCACAGGAGAGUGCCAGUCAUUCCAUAGAUUCCCCAUUACUCAGCAGCCGUGCAAGUCGUUACUUCUUGCGGUUAGUUCUGAGUCCCACCAGAAAGCUGUGCUCUACAUUUCACCUGAUGAUCCCAGGUACAACUGAACAGCCACCCAUUGGACAGAGCAGACUAAUCAGCCUUGCUGGUGGGGCAGUGCUACACACUCAGGUGAUGGUUCACAGAGGAAACCAGUCUUGCCUGAGGGCUUCAUAGUUGUCACGGACUGCACUGUUCUGGUGCUCUUUGAAAUGGACUGCUGCCCCAAUCAAACUGCAAUAUUGAGGGGAUGUUGAAUCAGGUUAUUUUAAUUGAAUUUGUAGGUUUUUGUGAUUGGAGUUAUUGAUUAUAGGGUAUUUAUUAAUUCAGUGUUGUAUAAAUUGUGGUUUUCAUGAUAUUUGCUACUACAGGUCCUUCAGUGCCAGUUCUUCUAAUUUGUCUGUUCUGCUUGUUGUGUUUUAGUCCCCAUCUCUCCAAACCCCUUCAAGGAGAAGAAUGAUUGCCUUUGAUUUUUGUGAUAAAACACUAUUUUCCCCGUGGUUUUUCUGUGGGACCAGGCUUGAUGUGUAGGGGUGAGGGUUGAAAUUUUGUGCCUGCAGCCCUCUCCUAAUGGUGAGGGUGGUAGGCUGUGAUGUUAAUCUCACUGGUUACUAGUGAAUUUCCCUCCGUGCUUCCUGGUUGUGAAUCCUAAUGGGAAACUUGUAAAUUCAUGUUUUUACUUUAUCCUGUCAAUGCAGAAAAAUUUCUGUCACCCUCUCUCUUUGUUACUUAGCUGAUUCACCAGUUAAAGGUGUCAGUUUGCUUCUGAUAAAUCAGUUCCUUCGUGUAACUUGAGAUUUCUAAUGAUGCUGUGAUACCUUUGGGAAUUUCACUGAGAGCCGCUUAACAGUAGGGUACAGACAACAUGUGAGUUUAAGACUUUUUUCUAAACUUCAGUAUUGCUCCAUGUGAUGUGACUGGAAAGCGUCCUCAGUGCCUUUUCUGUAUGGACGGGCAUCUAGAUACUGUAUUUGUAACUACUGUUAUUUUUCAGUAUUUAUAACUAGCUUUUGCUGUCGUUUCUACUAGUUGUGAUUAUCCUAAUAGGUGAAGCUCUGUCGCAGUAACAUUCCAACAGUUUAUUCUCGUGAUUCACAUCCUAGCACGUUGGAAGGAAGAGCCAAAACAAAUCCAGUAUUUUGGAGAUUAAAUCAGUUGCUAUUGGUUUCAUAGAGAGAGAAGAACAGGACAUUAUGCUGUCUGGAAAAGUGUUCAACUAAUUCUCAAGCUCACUUGUUCUAAGAAGCGCUAUGUAUGUGCCAGGGCUUUGGUGCAAAAUUGCAGGGUUCUGACCAGAUCAAGUACACCUUCAUAUACUAGAGGAGUAUAGUGAGCUUGAAGGCUCUUUGGUGCUGUUAGAAAGCAGCCCCUGUUUCUAUGUGCCAUUCAGAUUGAUUUUUUUUAAAGGCUGCAUGUUUCCUUCAUAGACUGUCACAAUGAUUGCCAUAGGCUAAGAUCCUGUUGAAGUCCAAGCCUUUUGCUUAUUUGUCUUUAUUUGGGUACCUUUAGGUGUCUAUUCUUGUCAAAUGGCAUGGGAGAACAAUGCAUGCUUCAGCAAAGGCCUGAAGAUAGACUGCCUGAGUUCCUCCCUUUCUCAACCCCCCCCCCACCCGUAAAUGGGAUAAUGGUACCAAAGUUUUCUCUCUCAGACUGAGAACAGCCAUCAGUGCUGCUCUGAUUGAACUAAGCUGAAUGCAACACAAAUCUGUUGAAUGCCUGUGGCUGGCUCGCUGAUACUAUAUCGAGUUUUAUUGUCCUUCUCUGAACUGAGCCUUCACCUUCCCUAUGAGAAGAGUAUCUGUAUGUUUCAUAAAUAAAACAUUUAACCAUCCUUCA